AUGGCUCCGACUGGAUUGGCAAUUCUCUUGGGGGCGGGUCCUGCUACGGUGCUGAACGAUAUCGUGUCUGGACUCAAAUCGUCGCUCGAUAAUCCAGUCGUUGAGGCCUUCCCUUCGGACACAUCACCCGAUUCAUUGAAGAAGGCAUUUUCGGACAUCUCCCAGCACCAAUCUUUCAAAGAUCUGAAGCUGCGCGUGGCUAUCUACAACAUCAAGCAUUCAUCGAAGAAGCCUUUCCUUGACGAAACUUAUGAUCAGUUUACCGACUCCUUGGAGACUUACGUGGGAGGCGCCUUCAUGUUCGCGCAGGAGUCUCUCAAGCGCUUUUUCGCCGAUCAUGGAGAGUCAACUCUAGCAGAAGGUUCUUCCAAGAAAGGUACACUGAUCUUUACAGGAACACUUGGUGCUCUGAGAUGCAAUGCCGAGUUUGCAGCAUACGGAGCAGGCAGAUCAAGUGUAAGACAGCUUGCCCAGACGCUUGCUCGCGAGUUCAGUGCAAAAGGCUUACAUGUGGCACAUUGUAUUGGCAAUGGUUCAAUCGAAGAUAAGAAUGGCGAGGACCAGAAGAGUGGCAAGAAGAUCUCGGCUGAAGCUGUGGGCAAGACUUAUCUGUUUUUGUCAGAACAAGAGCCAUGCUUGUGGACUCAUGAACUUGACAUGAGACCUGCACAGGAGAAGUUCUAA